AUGAAUCUCACUGACACAACAACCACAUCCAUGUCUGGAGACAAUAUGGGUGACAAUAUAAAUGUGCAGCUAUGGAAGAUAUUUUGUAAUAUAGAUAAUCCGCGGCAGCCUAGACAGAUCACUGAGAUCAAGGAGUUCCUCGUGACCGUGCGUCGCAAGGAUGCUUCCUCCAUAAAGAUCAAGAAGAACAAGGAUAACACCAAGUUCAAGGUCCGCUGCUCCAAGUACUUAUAUACCUUGGUUGUAACCGAUCAGGAUAAAGCACAAAAGCUGGAGUCUUCUCUGCCCCCAGCCCUGAACAAGAUUACCCUAUAA